AUGUUACCAAAGGUUUCAAAUGAAUUCACAAGUAUUGGAUGUAAUAGAGUUCCACAAGUUGCAGCUUGGGGUAAAGAUGGAAUGGUUGCAUUUGGGGCUUACAAUUAUGUGGCUUUAUAUUAUCCUGAGGAUCCAGAAUGCCGAGGUAUUAUUUCUACACUUACAGGACACAAAGAUCGAGUGAAUUGUGUUGACUUUAUAUAUAGAGGGAAUGAAUUAAAUCAGAUAAAUGUCGCAAUAAUAUCUGGAUCAGUUGAUAGAACUGCUAGAAUUUGGAAGCUAACUAAAGAUAAAAAAUGGGUAAAUUCGGCAAUUUUAGAAUCUCACGGAGGCUCGAUAAACACCCUUGGAGUAACUCGAGCAAAGUCAAUUAUUGUGGAUAAGGACCUAUUUGUAACUGGAUCUGCAGAUGGUGCUAUUAAAGUUUGGGAAAGGAGUAUUUAUGAUGAUGUUCAUGAUUCAGUAAAAUGCUUACAAACAAUCAAUCUUGAAAAAAAGCAUCCUAUGGCCUUAGCCUUAUCGUAUUUACCAGAAUCAAAAAUCCCAAUAUUGGCAUGCGGAAGUACAGAUAAAAGGAUACUAUUAUAUGUUCAAAAGGAUGGGCUGUUCAUUCCAUCUCUAACACUUCAAGGACAUGAAAAUUGGAUUAGAUCACUAUCGUUUGCUACAUACACUGAAUUACCUUUAUCAAACAGCACCAUCGUUUCAUCUGCAUCAGAUUCAACCAUUCAAGAACAAUAUAAAUUAAAAGAUGGCGAUUUAUUAUUAGCAAGCGCAUCACAAGAUAAAUAUGUAAGAUUAUGGAGAGUUUCGUAUAAUGGUGAGGUUAGCGGUCCUUUGGAUAGUGAGGAGAUUACAAACGGAAAAUCGAAGGAAAAAAAAAGUUUGAGAGAAUUGCUAGAAAAUCUGCCAGAUGACACAAUGGAUACACUUUCAUUCGACAAAAAAGUACAGUUGCAUACAAAAGCUCAUAUAAUAGACGUGGAUUUGACAUCUAUUAAAAAAAGAUAUUCUGUAAUGUUUGAAGCAUUACUUAUGGGCCAUGAUGACUGGGUAUACAGUGUUUGCUGGCAACCUCCGACUUCUAUUGUGGACGAAGAAGGAAAUGCUAGAUAUCAUCAGCCGAUGUCAAUUCUAACUUCAUCAUCCGAUAAAUCAAUGAUGAUUUGGAAACCUGAUCAGGAAACUGGCGUUUGGGUGAAUUUGGUUCGAGUCGGUGAAAUUGGUGGAUAUGCCUUAGGAUUUUUUGGAGGAUUAUUUGGCCCAAAAGGAAAUCAUAUUCUAGCUCAUGGCCAUACCGGUGCUUUUCAUUUGUGGAAAAAUUUGAGUAGUGACCAUGAUUGGCAACCUCAGGUAUCAAUUAGUGGAUGUUUUAAUUCUGUACAAGAUAUUACGUGGGAUCCGACCUUUAAAUACCUUGUUUCUGUAAGUCUUGAUCAAACAACACGUUUAUUUGCACCUUGGAUCAGACAACUUGAUAUUGAUCAAAAGGAAGGUGCACAAGUUUCAGAAAAACAAAAUUCUAUAGUGACAACGUGGCAUGAGAUUGGAAGACCUCAAAUUCACGGAUAUGAUAUACAGUGUAUUGCUUUCGUUAACCAGUGGAGAUUUGUUAGUGGUGCUGAUGAAAAGAUAUUACGAGUAUUUGAUGCACCAAAAAAUUUUAUGCAAUCAUUAUCAAAAUUAUUAGGUGAAGAAGUUUCAGGAGAAUUGGAAUCCCGUCCACUAGGGGCAAAUCUGCCACCACUUGGAUUAUCUAAUAAAGCAAUUUUUAAUUAUGAU